UUAAAUCUCUCACUCGUAUCCAUAUUUCUCUCUCUCACCCACCUUAAAGACUUUUCUUCUUCUCCCUUUUUUUUUCCUCUAAUAAUAAUCACCAAAAAAUUUGUAUUUUUUUUUUUUUGUUCUCCAUAAAAACAAACUGUUGUAAAAAAGAACCUGAAUUUGCAAAAAAAAAAAAAAAUACUUGACAAAGGAAAAACAAAAAGUUUUAAACAAAAAGAAAAGAGAGGCAGAGGAGAGAUCGUGAGAGACAGGGAGGCGCUGCCGAAGAAAGGAGAAAGAAUUUAGGGUUUGGAGAGACUUUGCUGAUUCUUUUUUGGCGUUUCGUUUUGUUCCUUCAAUCAUUCUCUCAUCUGCUCUUUUCAUCCAUCCUGGUGUCUUUGAACGCUUCUAUUCUCCCCUCGUCAUGGUGGCCACCUCUGCUACGUCUUCAUUCUUUCCUGUUCCUUCUUCUUCUUCCUCUCUUGAUCCUAUUGGAAAAGGAGGAAACAAGAUUGGUUCCACUAAUUUUGCUGGACUCAAUUCACCACCUAACUCUGGCAGGAUGAAGGUUAAACCAAACGCUCAAGCUCCUCCCAAGAUUAAUGGCAAAAAAGUUGGUUUGCCUGGUUCUGUUGACAUCGUUAGGACUGAUACCGAAACGUCCUCACAUCCCCCUGCACCGAGAACUUUCAUCAACCAGCUUCCUGACUGGAGCAUGCUUCUCGCUGCCAUUACUACUAUUUUCUUAGCUGCUGAGAAACAGUGGAUGAUGCUCGACUGGAAACCCAGGCGUUCUGACAUGCUUAUGGAUCCUUUUGGUCUUGGCAGAAUUGUUCAAGAUGGCCUUGUCUUCCGUCAGAAUUUCUCUAUUAGGUCGUAUGAAAUAGGUGCUGAUCGCGCAGCAUCUAUAGAAACAGUCAUGAAUCAUUUGCAGGAAACGGCGCUUAAUCAUGUUAAGACUGCCGGACUGCUGGGAGAUGGGUUUGGCUCUACCCCUGAGAUGUUUAAGAAGAACCUGAUAUGGGUCGUCACUCGUAUGCAGGUUGUUGUUGAUAAAUAUCCUACUUGGGGAGAUGUUGUUGAAGUCGAUACCUGGGUCAGUCAGUCUGGAAAGAAUGGUAUGCGUCGUGAUUGGUUAGUUCGGGAUUGCAAUACUGGAGAAACCUUAACACGAGCAUCAAGUGUUUGGGUAAUGAUGAAUAAACUGACAAGGAGGUUGUCAAAGAUUCCUGAAGAGGUUCGAGGGGAAAUAGAGCCUUAUUUUGUGAAUUCUGACCCUGUCCUUACCGAGGACAGCAGAAAGUUAACAAAACUUGAUGACAAGACUGCUGACUAUGUUCGAUCUGGUCUCACUCCGCGAUGGAGUGACCUAGAUGUUAACCAGCAUGUGAAUAAUGUAAAGUACAUUGGGUGGAUCCUGGAGAGUGCUCCAGUGGGAAUAAUGGAGAAGCAGAAGCUAAAAAGCAUGACUCUGGAGUAUCGGAGGGAAUGCGGAAGAGACAGUGUCCUUCAGUCGCUCACAGCAGUUUCGGGUUGCGAUAUGGGUAACCUCGCAACAGCUGGUGAUGUGGAGUGUCAGCAUUUGCUUCGACUCCAGGAUGGAGCUGAAGUGGUAAGAGGAAGAACAGAGUGGAGUAGCAAAGCACCAACAACAACUUGGGGAACUACACCGUAAAAAGAUGACAACAAUGGUUCAUUUGGUUCCUUUGUAAACUAUAUCUGCUACCACCUUGCUUGCAACCCCCACCAACACCAUUUCAUUUCCUCCUCUCAAAAGUUUCGGUCACCCUUUGUAUAUUUGUUUUUUUUCUUUUUUUUUCUUCUUUUAAUUUCCGAUGGAGAUUUAUUAUAUUUAUUUAUUUUUUUGCUUAUGGGAAAAUGGGUGCCAUGUCAUUACGAAUUAUGUUUAUUUAUGUGUCCCAUGUGCCAGCGGAAGACAAGGCAUCAACUCUCUUAUCCUAAAUUUAUUGUACUUUGUUGAGUUUUGUAGUUGUUUCCAGCUAAACAAAGCAUGUGGACGAUGUUGUAAUGAAUGUGAUGCCUUUCUUUGUA